CACAUUCUUCACUUACAUGCAUGAGAGAUAAGGAAGUGUGUUGAGUAAUCAGGGGUGUGUGCACGCUCUGCUGGUGAAGGAGGGGGGGAGGAGGAGCGAGCAUGCUCACCUGCCCACUGCCACAUUCCAUCGCAGCAGUCAAAUAGACAAGACCAAGGGGACGGAGAUCACCAGAUAAGUAAUGUCCCGUUCUUAGCCACUACACCAGCCCACGCCAGAAUGUCUCUGGACCAUCUAAGCCGCUCGAGGGGAAACACCUUCGUGCAGCAAGAUGGCCCCGUGGAGCAGCCAUUCGAUGGCGAGAUCAGUAAGGAAGAGAUGCGGAUCCUCAAGGUGUGCUUCCACAGCAACAGUUCCAACCUGAUGAAGAACUUCAAGCUUGUCAAGUGCAGCAUCUUCACCGACAUACGGGAGAUCAUCAGCUCCAUCCUCCUGAGCGGCCGGAUCGGUCCGGACAUCCAACACGUGGAAUGUUAUGGGCUGCGGCUGAAACACCUGAAAUCUGAUGAGAUCCACUGGCUGCACCCGGAUCUGACCGUGGGGGAGGUGCAGGAGACGUACGAGUGUCUCCACCUAGAGGCAGAGUGGAGAUAUGAUCUCCGGAUCCGCUACCUGCCCGAUAACUAUAUAGAAAGCUUCAAGAAGGAUAAAACAACAUUUCUUUACUUUUACCAGCAGCUGCGGAACGACUACAUGCAGCAAUACGCCACCAAAGUCAGCGAAGGCAUGGCGCUCCAGCUGGGCUGCCUGGAACUCAGGCGAUUCUACAAGGACAUGCCCCAGAAUGCCCUGGAGAAAAGGUCCAAUUUUGACUUUUUGGAAAAAGAAGUCGGCCUGGACCUAUUUUUCCCCAAACAGAUGCAAGAAAGUCUAAAGCCCAAGCAGUUCCGGAAGAUGAUCCAGCAGACGUUCCAGCAGUACGGCUCCUUGAAAGAGGAGGAAUGUAUCAUGCGGUUCCUGAACACCCUCUCCAGCUUCACCUCCAUCGAUCAGGAGACCUACAGAUGUGAACUGGCGCAAGGAUGGAGUAUCAUGGUGGACCUGGUCAUAGGACCCAAGGGGAUACGACAACUCACCUCCAAGGACUCCAAGCCCACGUGCUUUACCGAGUUCACACAGAUCAAAUCCAUCAAGUGUUCACUACUGGACGACGGACGAGCAUUGCUGAUGUUGGGGAUAUCUGGCGCCCCCCAGCCUUUAGCUAUCAAGACGACGUCCCUGGCGGUGGCAGAAAACAUGGCGGAUCUCAUCGAUGGAUACUGCCGGCUGCAGAACGAGUCUCAGGAAUCUCUAAUAGUCUAUCCUGGAAAAGAAAAUGACAAGCGGAUCAGUCUGCCCAGAAUACCAACCCAGGACGUCCCGGAGGAGAGGAGGUCAAGGCUGGAGGAAGGCAGCAGCUUUGAGUCUGACAUAUAUGCGGAAAUACCGGAGGAGUCGGAGCAGAGGUCCACAGCUCACCGCUACACCAUGAGCCGGGACGACGUUGUGUUGGGACGGAUCCUUGGAGAAGGCUUUUUCGGAGAAGUGUAUGAAGGAGUAUAUAAGAAUGGGCAUAAAGGAGAGAAGGUGAGCGUCGCGGUGAAGACGUGUAAGAAGGACUGCGCUCCGGACGUCAAGGAGAAGUUCAUGAGUGAAGCCUAUCUGAUGAGGAAUCUGGAUCAUCCGCACAUUGUGAAAUUGAUCGGAAUUAUUGAAGAAGAUCCCAUCUGGAUAGUGAUGGAGCUCUACCCGUUCGGGGAGCUCGGACAGUAUCUGGAGAAGCACAAGAACACCCUGCAGGUCCUCUCCAUGAUCCUGUACUCCCUGCAGAUCUGCAAAGCUCUGGCCUAUCUGGAAGGAAUUAGCUGCGUCCACAGGGACAUCGCGGUCAGGAACAUACUUGUGGCGUCUCACGAGUGCGUGAAGUUAGGAGAUUUUGGACUCUCCAGGUAUUUAGAAGAAGAGGAGUAUUACAAAGCCUCUGUAACUCGUCUCCCUAUCAAGUGGAUGGCUCCAGAAUCGAUAAACUUCCGACGCUUUACCUCGGCUAGCGACGUCUGGAUGUUCGGGGUUUGUAUGUGGGAGAUCCUGUCCUACGGCAAGCAGCCUUUCUUCUGGCUGGAGAACAAAGAUGUGAUCAGCGUCAUCGAGAAAGGAGAUCGACUCCCUAAGCCGGAGGCCUGCCCCCCGACCCUCUACACACUAAUGACCCGAUGCUGGACCUACGACCCUUCCGAAAGGCCCAAAUUCACAGAGCUGGUCUGCAGCUUAAGUGACAUCUAUCAAACAGAGAAAGAGAUUGUAAAGGACAAAGAAAAAAAUAACCGGCAUCGUCCUCCUAAAAUCAUUGAACCACUUCCAGUACAGGAGCCCCCACCAAAGCCGAGUCGUCCGAAAUACAAGGCAGCAGCACCGGGCAAUCUGCUGGCACCAAGUCUACAAUUCCAGGUGCCCGAGAGUCUGUGUGCCAGCUCGCCCACACUCUGUAGUCCAACAGAGUACCAGUCUCCAAUUGACUCCACACGUAGUCCACCGCUCUCGCGUCAUAGCAUCAUCAAGCGUCGCAGUAUGAGGGAAGAGGAUUUUGUAAAGCCUACUAGUCGAGAGGAAGCCCAGAGAAUAUGGGAGAAAGAACGAGCAAAGAUGCUGCAGGUCAUGAACCGACAGCAACAGCAGAUGAUGGAAGACAACCAAUGGCUGAAACAAGAGGAGAGGUCCCUGGUCAAUAACCUCAAGGACCCAAAGCAGCAAAUCAAUGACAAAGCCCCCGAUCCUCUUCCUGAGAAGGAUCUCGCAUACACUGAAUUCACGGUUCCUCCGCAGAAACCUCCAAGACUGGCCGCACAGGCUCUACAACCGACUCCGACCGCCAACAUCGACCGCACGGAUGACAACGUUUACCAGAGUGUGAUGGAACUGGUGAAGUCGGUGCUCCAGCUUAAGAACGACGUCUACCAGCUGCCUCCCGAGGGAUACGUCAAUGUGGUCAAGAACGUCGGGUUGACUCUCCGGAAGCUCAUAGGCAGCGUCGAUGAAAUUCUUCCGUCAUUACCAGGAUCAUCUCGUACAGAGAUCGAAGGAACACAGAAACUCCUGAGUAAAGACCUGGCCGAGCUGAUCAAUAAGAUGCGUUUGGCCCAGCAGAACGUGGGGACGUCUCUCAGCGAGGAAUGUAAGAAACAGAUGUUGACGGCUUCUCACGCUUUGGCCGUGGACGCCAAAAACCUAUUGGAUUCCGUGGACCAAGCGCGGGUCAGAGCCAACCUUGCAAAAGUGGCCAUGGAAUGACAAUGUUAAAGGGAGUUCAGAUUUGACUCGAAACGCGCGGUCAUUGGGACAGCAAGUGCUGCUAAGGAACGGGAACUAUAUGGACCAAAAAAAAAAACUCUGCUUGAAAUAUAAGGAAAAUUAUGUUACUUUACUAUUGGGUGACAAUUUAUUAAGUAUUUAUUUUGGAAAUAAUGUUUUCAAGAUCCUCUUCCUGUAGGGUUUUUUUUUUUUUAUUAUUAUUAUUUUUUUCUUUUAGUCGAGAAAAGCUGGACUUAUGUGAAUUUUUAGACCUGGUCAACCAUGGACUUACGGCGUACGCGAAAGAUCUUUGACCAUCUCGCCUUUUGUGUCAUCGAAUGUUUCUUUUAUUUAUUAUUUCGUUUACUGGUUUACUAUGAUUUUUUCGCAGAGGCUACUAUUGUGGAGUUUGUAUUUGAUAUCACCUUCGGAUUUGGUGGAGUUGUAAUUAUUCGUUCAGGCUACACGUUUCAUGUGCCGGCAGUUUAGCAUCUAUUUUCCUGUACAUAGCGGCUAAAAAAAAGAAAAUAUUUAAGAAAGAAGAUGACAAAAAGAAAAUGACAACAUUACUAAUAUCUAAUUUGUCGAUACUGGAUUACUGUUUUAUAGGACUAUUUUCUAUAGAACUUUUAAUGUUUUAUUCUCAGAGGGUUCGGUUCCUGUUGAUGAAAUGUUUUUGUGUAUUAUUUUCAGGCCCUCAAAAAAACUUCAUAAAUGUAAAUAUAUCGGA